GCGACAAUAAUUUUUAUUUGUUAGUUUUGUCCUUGUUGUCAAAACGUUACCCUUUUUACUUAAUUUUCUUUUUAACUCAUUAACAAGUUUUAUGAUACACUACUAAAAAAAUCGUAUAUUAGUAUUUUCCAUAAAACGAAAAAGGAAAAGGAAAUGAUUCUUCAAUAUUUUCAUUUUUCCGUUCUUUCCUUUUUCCAGAAGUGUAACCGUGAACGAAUAAUUGAUUAAUAAUAAAUGAAUCCAAAAAAAACUGUCCUGCUGCUUCAGAUUCUCUCCAUUUUCUUUCCUUCUUGGUGAAAUCCCUUCCUCCACAGAGUGUUAAAAAAAUCGAGUUUCCCAUUUUUGAGAUAGGCAAGUUUUUGCUUAUUGCUUGACUGGUGGGUUUGUCUCUGUUUGCUUUUCUUAGUGAAAUUCUUUUCUUUGAUUCUCUGAACUUUUCAGGGUUCACUUCUUGGCAAUCCUUUUCAAGAUUCCCACAAAAACUCACCUCAAAUUUCUUUUAGUUUCUAUUUUGCCCUUUUUGUAUUUCUCUUGCUUAGCAAUUUUUUUUUUCGUACCACCCCCUCACAUGCAUGUUCUUGGGCUUGUCUGAUCUGGAUUGGAUCACAAAGAUCUCUUUUUCCCAUUAUUUUAAUUCGUAAGCAGGGUAAGGAAAGUGGGGUGAAAGGGAGCAAGGCAGGUACUCGGGUACCUUUAUUGUUUGAGAUUCAAGGGUCUCAUCAGAAGAAGGAACAAGAAGGAAGGUGAGAUUUCUUGACUCGGUCUUAAGUUUUCGAAUUUUUGGGUUAGAACUUAAAAAGGGCUUACUUUACUUGGUGAAUUCGAUUUGUUUUUAUGGGGGAUUCUGGCUUGUGGUUUCUGGCAGUUUUGGGGCCGUGAGUUGGUUGAUUAGUUCGUUUGGGUAUUGGGAUUGGCUUGUGGUUUCUGGCAGUUUUGGGGCCGUGAGUUGGUUGAUUAGUUCGUUUGGGUAUUGGGAUUGGCUUGAGAGGAGUUUGGCUUGUUUUUAGGUUGUUUUCUUUUAAUGACAUCUUGCUUCAAUUAGGACAGUCUUGUUUGAUAGGUAGGUAGAAAAUUCUACUCCUGAGGCAUGGCGAACUUUGAUGUUUCGAAGUAUGCACAUAGCCCUGUUCAUAAAGCCAUAAUUUUGAAGGAUUAUGCCAGUCUCAGGAGUAUAAUUGCGGGUUUACCUCGGCUCUGCGACCCAGCGGAGGUUCAGACUGAAGCUAUUUCUGUUGCUGAGGAAGCCAAGGCUGAUGCCAUAUCUGCUGUGAUAGAUCGUCGUGAUGUUCCUAAUCGCGAAACCGCUUUACAUUUAGCUGUCAAACUUGGUGAUGAGACUGCAACCGAAAUGCUUAUGUUGGCGGGUGCAGAUUGGAGCUUACAAAAUGAACAGGGCUGGAGUGCGCUUCAGGAAGCUAUUUGCAGUAGGGAGGAAGCGAUUGCGAAGAGUAUAGUGAGGCAUUAUCAACCAUUGGCUUGGGCAAAAUGGUGUAGAAGGUUACCCCGGUUGAUUGGGACAAUGAGGAGAAUGAGGGAUUUUUACAUGGAAAUUAGUUUUAACUUUGAGAGUUCCGUAAUUCCUUUCAUUUCAAGAAUUGCUCCUUCAGACACUUACAAGAUUUGGAAGAGGGGUGCCAAUUUAAGAGCAGAUAUGACUUUGGCUGGUUUUGAUGGCUUCAGAAUUCAGCGUUCAGAUCAGAGCAUUCUUUUCCUUGGCGAUGGCUCAGAAGACGGAAAAGUUCCUAAAGGGUCGCUUUGCAUGAUCACCCAUAAAGAUAAAGAAAUUAUGAAUGCUUUGGAUGGUGCUGGUGCUCCUGCAACUGAAGCGGAAGUCCAGCAAGAAGUGGCUGCAAUGUCGCAGACAAAUAUUUUCAGGCCUGGGAUUGAUGUAACUCAGGCAGUUCUUUUACCUCAGCUAACAUGGAGGCGGCAGGAGAGGACGGAAACUGUAGGCUCUUGGAAAGCCAAGGUGUAUGAUAUGCACAAUGUGGUUGUCAGCAUUAAAUCAAGGAGAGUCCCAGGAGCCAUGACUGAUGAUGAAUUUUUUAAUUCUUGUAAUGAAAAUGAAACAGAAAGCGAGGAGCUUGAUGAUAUUCUGACAGAGGAUGAAAGAAAGCAACUUGAGGCUGCCCUCAAGAUGGAUACAUCUGACUCAAACACUGAGAAUGGGGAUGGGAUUAUUGCUCACCGCCAUAGUUGUUAUGAGCCUAGAGAUAUACCCAUUGAGGAUGCUAAUGGUUAUACUAAUGGAGAUAGGAAGCAAGAAAAAAAAGGAUGGUUUAGUGGCUGGAGGAGGAGGGACAAUAAAAGUGAAGCUGAUAAAAAGCUUACGCCACCUAGAAGUUCCCUAUAUGUGGAUGAGAAAGUUAGUGAUCUUCUUGGAGAUUCUCCAUCCGGAAGUCAGAUUAAACCUGGGAGGCAUUCAGUUGAGAUUGCUGUUAAGAGAGAUGAAUAUAAUGAACACCGCAGAGCUAGAGAAAACAAAGCAUCUUCAUCCAAUAGUUCGGAAAGUAAUAGUCGCCGUAAAGAUGCAAGCCGUGAGAAUGAGUAUAAGAAAGGUUUGAGGCCUGUUCUCUGGCUGUCCCCAGACUUUCCAUUGCAAACUGAAGAGCUUCUCCCAUUGCUUGACAUUUUAGCAAACAAAGUUAAAGCCAUACGGAGAUUAAGAGAACUAUUGACCACGAAACUGCCAAAGGGAACAUUUCCUGUUAAGGUUGCUAUCCCAGUGGUUCCAACAAUCCGAGUACUGGUUACUUUUACAAAGUUUGAAGAGUUGCAGCCUCUGGAUGAGUUUUCCACUCCUCCGUCAAGCCCUACAUCAGGUCGUGAGAGCCCAGCUGUAAUGCAGUCCUCUAGUUCUUCCUCGUCCUGGUUUCAAUGGAUAAAAACCCCUUACAGCCGCCCGAGUUCUUCCACAGGGGGUUCAAAUAGUCGGAUAGAGAAUGUCCAAGAUCCGUUUGCACUUCCUGCAGAUUACAAAUGGAUCACUGCUGAAGAGAAAAAGAAGAGAAUGCAAGAAAAGAGCAAACUGAAAAAGGGGAAAAAUCAGAAAUAGGAUUUCCAUGCUCUGUGAUUGUGAAUCAGUGAUCCUUUGGUGACUAAUUCUUUGAGAGAGUUCCAAGUGCCAUAAUGUUUCACCUAUCUCAUUUGUUUUUCACUUCUCCUUAUGUUAACACUUGGUAGUGAAGAAUUGAAAAUCCAGUUAAAAUCGGUGUGGGUUACAAAAAGAAUGAAAAUUGUUAUUAUUCUUGGUUCUUUUCUUCUACAUAUUGAGACAUUUUGUCCCAUUUUUCUCUAGAAAAGAGGUCCAUGUUCAGAAUGGGUGACCGUGGACACUAGUUCAACGACACACCACUCAAUUUUUUUUAACUAAAAGAAAAGGUAAUGUUUAUACUUUAUACAUUGUUUGAGGAAUUUUUGGCCAUUUUUGGGGUUCUCACCAGGC